AUGGACGUGGUGAUGAACUACACCUGGGCGGGACGAGAAGCGCAGGAGGCAAAUUUGGAGGCUGCGCAGAGCCCUAAUAGCCCCAACGCUCAAGGCAAAGGCAUCAACAACGGAAACGGCGCGAAUGCGAACGGUGCCAAGCAAAAACCUGUGAUGGAUCGAGAGUUGGUCUUGCAGGGAAGAAAGGACAGGAAAGAGGCAAAGAAGUUGAACAAGGCUGCGGGGAAUGACGCCAAUUCUCAACAAGAGAACGCAGGUGAACCGGUUAAGGAAGGCACAGUCGACACACAAAAAUAUGCUGCUAAACAACCUGCGCGUACGGAGGCUGAGAUAAAAGAAGCGCGGGCGGCGAAGAAGAAAGCGAAUCAAGACAAGAAAGCCGCGAAGAAAGAAGCUAACGCCCAGAAAGAAGCUGCUGCCUCGGGUACCAAACAUGACAAUACGACUAAAGAUCAAAAGGGCGCAGAUGGUCCAGCCAAGGGAAAGCAGAGCACAGAAGACAGCGCAAAGACUAAUCAGAAGAUUGACAACCACACGAUUACCAACAAGACGGUCAACAACCAGACAAUCACCAAUCAGACGAUUACCAACCGAACGAUCAACAACGAACAUGUUACGAACGCCAAGACCGAGAAAGGGCCCUCUAAUAAACAUAUCAUCAAGGAGAAGAGAGCCCUAAGAAAGGCUAAGAAAGAAAAAGACGCCGAGCACAAGGACGCUGAACAUAAGGAUUCUGAAAACAAGGGUUCUGAACACAAGGAUGCUGAACAUAACGACGCAGAACUUAAGGAGAGUAAGAACGGUGGAGCGAAGUCGGACAGUACCGACGCAGACUCCAAAGUCGCCAACAAGAAGGCUAAGGAUGAGAAGAAGGAUGCGGAUGCAAAGAAGAAAGCCGAAGCGAAGGAAGCAGCAUCGAAACUGGAAAUAGUGCACAAGGCUGAGAAAGCUGAUGAGAAGAGCGAAAAGAAGGGGGGUGAGAAGGUUGGUAAGGAAGUUGUUCCAUUUACCAACAAGCAUGCCGAUAAGUCUGGGGAGCCAAGUGCUGCGAAAGCUGAGAAAGAUGCUCAAAAAGCGGAAGAGGCCCGGAAGAAGCUCGAAGCUAAACGAGUCGCAUCUGAGAAGAAGGCCCAAGACAAGGAGGAGAAGUUGAAACUGAAGUCUCUCAUAAGGCCUGAGUCCUCUGAUGCCAAGAAAGCCGCCGAAGCAGAGAAGCAAAGACUGAAGCUCGCAGCCAAGGAAGCGGCCAAGGACAAGAGGCUCGAAGCUAAGCAACUCGCAAUCGAUAACAAGCCACAUGAUAAGGAGCAGAAUUUGGAUCACAAAUCCAGCGCGAGGGAAUUCCAGUCGCUUGAAAGCCAUACACAGAGCUCUGAACAUCGAAAAUUCAGCUUAUUCAGAUCGAGUGCGAAGCAUGAGACCACGGAUACCAAAGCGGCCGAGAAGGCGGAGCAACAGAGGCUGAAGACAGCAGCCAAAGAAGCCGCAAAGGGACAGAAGCUGAUAAUGCAAGCCGAAGCGAAGGAACAGAAGCUCAUCACCCAAGCUGCAGCGAAGGAACUGCGCACAGCCUCUAAUAGACCUGCAAAAGAACAGACGCUCGUAACACUGGCCACCGCCAAACAAGGAGCCGCCGCACGAAGAGACCAAGAAAAGGAAGAGAAACGUCAGAAGAGAAUAGAAGCCCGAUUGAUGAUUGAGCAGCCGAAACAAGAGCGGAGUUUGGUCAAGUUUGGAAAGAGAGAGCAUGAUCAGCCGAAACAAGAGCAAAGUCUGGUCUUAUUUGGAAAGAAAGCCCAUGAUCAGCCGAAGCAAGAGCAAAGUCUAGUCAAAUACGAAAAGAAAGCGCAGGAUGAAGCCGCCAAGAAACAACGGAAGGCAGAGGAAGAGGAAGAGAAACGCAGGAAGAAGGAGGACGCCCGCGCUCAAGCAGAGCGUCGGAAGGGAGAGCAGGCGAAGCUAAAAGCAGAAGAAGAGGAGCUUAAAGCCCAGAAGAAAGAGAAAGACAUAGCUGUAAAGGCAGAGAAAGAUAGACUAGCAGCAAUCCAGAAGGAAGAGAAGAAGAAGCUUAAAGCUGAGGAGGACGAGAAGGUCGAAGCUUUAAAGAAACAGCACAAAGAAAAGGAAGAAGAAAAGAAACGCAAGAAAAAAGAGGAUGAAGAGUUUUCUAGAGCUCAACAUAUGGCAGACCAAGAGAAAGGUCGAGCCGCAAAGGAACAGAAAGAUAAGAAAGAAAAGGAAGAGAAGCGCAAGAAGAAGGAAGACGACGACUUCGAGGCAGCGCUUCGAAGAGCAGAACAAGAGAGGACUAAAGCUGAGCGGCAAAAGAAAGAGCCAGUUGCAAAGGCAGAGUUAGUGAAUGACGCCGCGUUCAGGGAAAAACUUAAUAACCAGCAUAAAGAAUGGGAGAAGAAGAAGAGGAGAGACGCUGCGAAGAGUGCUCCGAAACCAGCGGCCGCGUCCAGGCCUACAGGUGCAAGGAAUGCUGCUCCAGCUAGGAAGCCUGCUCCAGCUAGAAACGCUGCUCCUGCCAGGAAGCGGAGGUAG